AUGAGUCUUCUAGCUAAACCUAUGAGCUUUGAAAUCACAGCAAUCACUUUCUUCAUCAUCCUUCUAAUUUGCUUCAUUUGCAUCCUCCUUUUAUUGGUGGUUUUUUUAUAUAAAUGUUUCCAAGGCAGGAAAGGUAAAGAGACAAAGAAAGUGCCUUGUACAGAUGCAAACGGAGGUGUAGACUGUGCAGCUGCUGAAGUGGUGACAAGCAAUCCAGGGGACCAUGAAAGGGUAUUAAUGCAAGUCAUGAAUUUGGAUGUGCCGAUGAGGCCUGGCAUUCUUGUCCAGAGACAGAGUAAGGAAGUGUUGGCCACACCCUUAGAAAACAGAAGGGACAUGGAGGCAGAAGAGGAGAACCAAAUAAAUGAGAAGCAAGAGCCUAAGAAUGCUGGAGAAACUGGUCAAGAAGAGGAUGAUGGUUUGCAGAAAAUACACAUAUCUGUCACUAGAACUCCAUCAGCUGUUGAAAGCCAAAAAAGACCUUUAAAAGGAGUGACAUUUUCUAGGGAGGUAAUUGUUGUGGAUCUUGGAAAUGAAUACCCUACACCUCGAAGCUAUACUCGAGAACAUAAAGAGAGAAAAUGAAGCUCAAAAAAGGGUAAGAGUGAAAGAAAAUGUAACCUUUGACUAACAUUGAAAUGACUGAGGGUACAAAAUCAUGUUGAAACAACAAAACAAUGGGGAAUUAAGCAAAUAAAGAUAGUAUUUUACCUUUGUGCAGAAAGAAGUGGGCCAUAUGCAAAAUUCUGUAAGUAAAAUACUUAGAGCUUGAAUAUAGUUUUUUAAAAAUUGAAAUCUGAGUUCAAGAAAUUGAUUUCAUUGCCCUUAAAACUGUCUACUCAAACACCGUUCUGGCAUGUGAAUAAAGUGAUUUUUGUUUGUACA